CGAUUCCUUUGUGCCUUUCAGCGAAGUCUUCUCAAAAUUUAUCGACUGCAUCCGUCUGCGUCUUCAUGUGGGCACCAAUGGUUCGAAAAUGCGGCCACAGUGACACAAUACGGGCUUGCUGUGGUGUUUUAUCUUCGCAGAUGUGCCCGUCAAGUUGACAUAUAACGACAGGCCCACCGACAUACCAUAGCUUGGGCCGGUUGACCACCUCUGAGCGAUGCUCGCCAUCCAUCUUCAAUUUCUGGCUGCGGCCGUGGGCCUUUGUAUAUCUGGUCUUGCUGCGCCUCAUGCACCCCGUGUGCUCCAUGAAUCUCGUCGUGAGCUCCCGACAGGCUGGAAACCCGUUCGCCGCGCAGACCCGGAUCUUGUCCUCCCCUUCCGCGUCGGCCUCGUUCAGGUGAAUCUCCACCUGAUCGAAGACUAUCUCCUCGACGUCUCCCACCCCGAGUCACCAAACUACGGAAAACACUGGUCUCCGGCAAAGGUCGCAAGUACGUUCCGGCCUUCUAAGGAGUCUUUCGAGGCCGUGCAUGCGUGGCUGGUCGGCAGCGGCAUUGAUGCCCAGCGCAUUAAGCCCAGUGCGACCGGUGGAUGGGUGCAUGCCAAUGUCUCCGUUCUGGAAGCCGAAGACCUGCUGGGCACGGAGUACUUCGUGUACACGCACGAGGACGCGGAUAGGGAACACAUUGCUUGUCAUGGGGCGUACCACGUCCCCGAGCACGUCGCGAAGCACGUAGAUCUCAUCACACCAACACUACACUUCGAUGUCAAGCUGAAACGCGACGGUACCAUCUCCAAGCUGCGAGGAUCGUCUUCUCCAACUGUAAUGGGUCCUGCUAAGGAGCUCGCGAACGAUUUGAGCACGUGCGACCAGCAGAUUACCCCAGACUGCAUCCGGGCGCUGUACAACUUCCAUGGCUUUGUCCCGCUCGCGGGUAACAAGAACUCGUUUGCGAUCGUCGAAUACGGUCCAGAGACUUACACCGCAGACGACAUGGAUAUGUUCUUCCGAAAUUUCUCGGCGUCGCAGGUUGGCGAGCGCCCCAAGCUUAUCAGCAUCGACGGAGGCAAAUUUCUAUUACUCAGUGGUGAUUCAGUCUUCUUACGUUCUAUUAUUAUUGUUGUAGGCUCUAUCAACAUCACGGGCGCCGAUCAUACAGAGUCAAAUCUAGACUUGCAAUAUGGUAUGACGCUCGUUGGCAAGGGCCAAGAAAUAACGCUCUUCCAGACUGGGGAUGCUAUCGAAAGUGCCUCAUUUGACAACCUGCUCGACGCUCUCGACGGGACAUUCUGCACUUUCGAGGGCGGGGACAACUCGACCUUGGACGGCGUCUACCCGGAUCCUGAUCCUGCGGGCUUCCAAGGGCCUGAACAGUGCGGUGGCGUCAAGCCCGCAUUCGUUCAAUCUACCUCAUACUCUCAUGAUGAACGUCUGCAGACAUCUUUCUAUUCGCAACGCCAGUGCACCGAGUAUGCCAAGCUCGGUUUACUGGGCGUAACAGUCCUGCACUCCUCUGGCGACAAAGGUGUUGCGGGGCGGAACAACCUUUGCCUCAAUCCAGACGGCACUGUCUCGACGUCUGCCAAGAUCUUCUCGCCCUCGUUCCCUGGGACAUGUCCCUUCAUAACCAGUGUCGGCGCGACACAGAUCAAUCCCGGCGCAAAGGUAACGGACCCCGAAAGUGCAUGCGAGCAGGUCAUCUUCUCGGGUGGCGGCUUCUCGAACCAGUUCGCGGUGCCGUCGUACCAGAAGGCGGCGACCGAGGCCUACCUCAAGAAUUUCCCGCCGCCAUACCCGGCCGGUACGUUCAACACGUCAGGCUCUCGUGGGUACCCGGAUAUUUCUGCCAACGGGGCAAAUUACGUCGUCGCAGUCGAUGGCGAGUUCGAGCUCGUCUUUGGCACGUCCGCGUCAACGCCUGUGACCUCGUCACUCCUCACUGCAAUUAACGACGCCCGGCUCGCGGCUGGCAAAGGGCCCAUCGGGUUCAUUAAUCCCGCUCUGUAUUCUGACCAGUUCAAAGGCGCGUUCAACGAUAUUACGAACGGCACUAACCCCGGCUGUGGGACAGUUGGUUUUGCCGCGCAGCCAGGCUGGGAUCCUGUGACGGGUCUCGGUACUCCGAACUUUGUAGAGCUUCGCAAUCGUUUCCUGUCGCUCCCUUGAAAGAAAAAGGGGGGUAACUCGAUGUCAACUGUGCUUGACUGCGCUUAAAAAGUUUUCCGUUCCGAGGAUCCCUGCAUGUGGUCCUUUGAAAGUGUUCGCGCAGACAGCAUUGAACAGCACGACUCCCGUACUACAGGCAGUUUGUCGAGGUUAGCCGAAAUUUGAGAGCGUAUCACGAAACUCACAGAACUCUUCCGAUAAGAAUCACGGUCGGCGUAUGCGUGUGUGAAC